CUUCCCCCCCCCCGUGGGUGCGCGCGCGCGGCGGCGGCGCGGGAGGAUGCGGGGCUGCAGCUAAAGCGGUGACGCAGGCAACAGUGAGGAUGGAGGCACCCCUGGUGAGCCUGGAGGAGGAGUUUGAGGAGGGCCCCAUCGGGGGCAGCGGCAGUGGGCCCCCACGGGGCCCCACAGACCCAGCGCUGGCCGAGCUCGAGAGCUUCUCAGCCGAGAUGAUGAGCUUCAAGUCAAUGGAGGACCUGGUGCAGGAGUUCGAUGAGAAGCUCACGGUCUGCUUCCGCAACUACGAUGCUGCCACCGAGGCUCUGGCGCCUGUGCGGGGCCGCCUGCAGGCCCAGGAGGAGGAGGAGCGCCUCCAGGAUGAGGAGGUCUGGGACGCCCUCACUGACAGCUUUGCCCCCCCCGGCUCCCCCCGGCGCUGGCUGCUCCCCGACACCGAGGCCCCCGAUGAUGCCGACACCCAGCUCUGCGGGAAGGAAGAGGAGGAGGAGGAUGACGAGGAGGAAGAGCUCACUGAGAGGAGCGAGCAGGAUUCUGGCAUCAACGAGGAGCCACUGCUGACAGCAGAGCAGGUCAUUGAGGAGCUAGAGGAGCUGAUGCAGAGCUCGCCUGAUCCCGAGGCUGACCCCGAGGCUGAAGACGAGGAGGAGGAGGAGGCUGAGGCCGAGCUGGCGGGCGAGAAUGGGGGCACGGAGCCCAUCCUGCUGCGUGAGCUGCGCGCCUUCUCCCCCGCCUCCAACAACAACUGCUCCCACGAAGGCCUGGGGCAGCUGUCGGCAGCGGAGCUGGCGGCGGCGGCGGGGCGGGCAGAGGCGGCGAGCCGGGCGCUCUCGGCGGAGCUGGUGGCGCAGCUGGCGCGCCGCGACGAGCUGGCCUUCGAGAAGGAGGUGAAGACGGCGUUCAUCGGGGCGCUGCUGGCCGUGCAGGGCGAGCAGCGGGAGCAGCGCGAGGCCGCCCGGCGCCGCCGCCGCGACAAGGGGCUCAGCCUCCAGGGCGGGCGCCCCGAGCGUGGUCCCCACAUGCCCCGCAAGCGCUUCAGCAUGGAGGGCAUCUCCAGCAUCCUGCAGACAGGCAUCCGGCACACCUUCGGCUCCAGCACCGCCGACAAGCAGUACCUGAACACGGUGAUCCCCUAUGAGAAGAAGGGCUCGCCGCCCUCCGUCGAGGACCUGCAGAUGCUCACAAACAUCCUCUUUGCCAUGAAGGAGGGGAACGAGAAGGUGCCCACCCUGCUGACGGACUACAUCCUCAAAGUGCUCUGCCCGACCUGACACGUCGCUGCCGCCGCCAGAACCGAGGCCAAACCCGAGGAAAAUGGGCCAUCGCCGACCCCUCUCCCCUCGCCCCCUCCCCUCUCACACUGCCAGGAAGUAAAUAAAUUAAGUCGUUUAAUUAAUUAA